GAACACCUGUGCAAUAGCUUACAACGUUCAGCCAUUCGAGUAAGAAAAGACAAAGAAAGAAAAAAAACAGCAGACUAUUCUGAAACUUUUCCCUCAAACAUUUUUCCGUCACAGGUUGGUCCGUAGACUCGUAUAUAAGCAGUUCACGCCGCUCGUUCCCGACACGUGCUUAACAUUCGGGCGUAACCGAAAAGGUCACCACCCCUACACGUGAAAUGGUUUCACACUGUGUCGCUAAUGUUCGCGUCGAGAACAGAAAGGUCACUUAGAACUCGCCUCACGCUGUCAUUUGUUCGCACGCCUUAAUUGGUUUGGUUUUACUGAAGUUACCCCAGCUUCCACUUGGCAGACAUGCUUACGGCCGUGCGGUGCGUGCUGUCUAAGCUGGUUUCUCCCUUGUGGAGGACCGUGGAGGUGGACGAAGAAGGCCUUUUCUCCGCCGCGGCAGGCACGAAGAACGUCCGCACCCUGCGGGACGGUGUGGUGACGCAGCUGUGCCUCGACUACGGCAUGAUCGACCACGCAGUCUGCUUCACCCGCGGGGAGGUGCUGUGCGGGUCGCCGCUGAAGGAAGGGGACCUGGUGAACUGCAUAGCCGUGCAACAUGGAGCCCACGGCGGGUGGAACGCUUUAAGGGUGGAGAAGAUUGCAGAUGCUUGGGAGGACGGUGACAGGACCUCGGUAGAAGCUGACAGCUUGCAGCUGCGGCCUCUCAUUGGCACGGUCACGUCCUUUGACGGAGACGGCGGCUACAUAAACCAGACCACGUACUUCCCACGCUGCAGUCUUCGGCAAGGUUAUGAACCAAUGAAAGGAGACUGGGUCCAAGCAAAAUAUUGUAUCAAUCCUACCCAGUGGACCACCCAGGUUCGUUCCGUGGAGCCUUUACGGUACCAGCGCAGAAAUCGGGUGCAUGUGACCAGUCUCUAUGGUAGAAAUGGAGUGGUGGAGGACAGCGUGUUCUUCAGCCUCGACUCUCUGCUGCUGCCUGCCCACUACAAGCCUUUACCGGGGCACCUGGUCAACGUCGUCAUGGUGGAGAGCAGUCAGUCCCUGUGCUGUUGGAGGGCCCUGUGCAUGGCCCCCUGCCUUCAGAGUGGGAAUGUUUCUGCCGCACAGUUUCCAGAGGGGGAACUUAAGGACAUUUUGGAAAACAAAGGGGGGCUGGAUGUAACAGACUAUGGCCAGUUUGUGGAUCUGAUGAUUGGGGACCAACAAGAGCUGGUGCUCUGGAUACAAAAUAAAGGUUCAGAGACUCACAGGCUGAAGUACUGUGACUUUUCUGGCUGGGACUCAGAGGAACAGUUCACUCUGGUCACUGUGAAAAACUCCCCACAGGGACCGAAGGAACAACCUUUGCACAAAUCUUACUCAAAGUCGGAAAAGUGCUCCGACUCUUCAGAAAAACAAGUCGCUGAUGCAAAAGAGGUAGACAAAGAAAAUGGUGAGGGGCCGAAGGAGACCAUCCAUAUCCCAGGUGUAAGGAGACAGGAGAGAGGUGUGGAUAUUUCCCCAGGAGAGAGGUUGCCUAUUGUUGUGGCCUGCAAAGCAAAGAUCCUGGGAAGCUGUGCUGAGCUGCUGUUGCUGCACUUCUCCUCUUUCACCAUCGGGAGGCGCCUCGAGGUCACAGUGGGCAGCAAAGAGGAGAACCUGCUGCUGCCCUCGGUGACCUACAGCUCCAGAGAUGUACGUCUGGUCUCAACGGUGCCGUCCAACGUGGUCACCGUCUCCGCUCCAAAAUGCGCUCAAAGACCAACCAGGCGGCGGCUGCCAAACUUCCUUUCGAACUAUCCACUGCCCACGGCUCUCAGAGACUGUGUGGAGGCAGAGAACGACGUGCUGGCAGUCCAGCCCUGCCUCGGAGAGGUGCUAUCGGCAUCCAACAUGCGUCAGCGUUUCUCGGUGCUUCUCUGGCUGGAGGAGCUGCAUGCAGAGAAGGAAAUGAGAGAAUUCACCAUCAUCGGGGCCCUCCUCGGGAAAGGGGGGACCUACCUGCACCUAGAGGUCCUUGGGUUGGCCGAAGGGCGACCAAGUCUCUGCAUCGGUGACCAAAUAAUAUUAAAGAAACCGCAGACUGGCGGCAGGGUAGUGGAGUACGUUGGUUAUGUUGCAGAGAUCAAUGAUGAAAAUGUGAGUUUGAGAGUGCACUCAGAUUUUCAGCGCAGCUACCUCGGAGAGCCGCUUGACGUUGAGUUCCCGUAUAACAGAUUGACAAUGAGACGUUGUCACAACGCACUUGAACACACAAAACAUUUCUCGGAGAUUCUCUUCCCCUGCAGAGUGACUGUUAAGACCUCCCAAUGGACAGCAAAGUGGAUAGACGAGCCAGACCCGGACAAUGAGGUCCCACCCAUUCCAAAUGGAAAAGAUUCAAGCCUUUCCGGUGACGUGAUGUCAAAGGCCACACAAACCAAGGAUGGUAGUGUCCCAUCUAAACCCGUCCCCAGCAUGGGGCACUUCUUCAACCCGGUCCUGAACCCCCCUCAGAGAGAGGCGGUGAAGAGGAUCCUGGCCGGGGAGUGUCGGCCCCUUCCGUAUGUGCUGUUUGGACCUCCGGGCACCGGAAAGACCAUCACGCUCAUAGAGGCCAUACUGCAGGUUUACCACUUUCUGCCCAGCAGUCGCGUACUUGUCUGUACGCCUUCCAACAGUGCUGCUGACCUCAUCUGCAUCCGCCUCCAUGGCAGUGGUUUCCUGCAUGCUGCGAGUUUGGCCCGUGUCAACGCCUCCCGCAGGCAGGAAGAGUCCAUCCCUGAAGUGCUAAGACAGUAUUCCAAGGCAGGAGAGGACAUCCGCCAUGCCUCUUUUCACAGGAUUGUGGUCAGCACCUGCUCCAGUGCCGGCAUGUUCCAUAAUAUAGGACUACAAGUGGGACAUUUUUCCCACGUGUUCCUGGAUGAAGCCGGCCAAGCCACAGAGCCAGAGUCCUUGAUCCCCAUGAGUUUUCUAUCAGAGAUAGAUGGACAGAUCGUGUUGGCUGGGGACCCCUGUCAGUUGGGUCCAAUAAUAAAGUCCAAGCUGGCCGCUGCCUACGGCCUCGGAGUGUCGAUGCUGGAGAGGCUGAUGGCCAACCCGCUGUUCGCCAGACAUGACUGGGGAUACAACCCCAUGCUGGUUACUAAGCUGAUCUACAAUUACCGUUCUCACAAGGCCUUAAUCACGCUGCCCUCUAAGCUCUUCUACAAAGACGAACUGUGUUUCAAAGCACCAAAGGCCGAAGUAGAGACUCUCUGCAAGUGGAAAACCUUGCCCAAAAAAGGCUUCCCACUCCUCUUCCACGGAGUCAGGGGCACAGAAAUGAGGGAAGGUAACAACCCAUCGUGGUUCAACCCAGUGGAGGCUGUACAGGUCAUGAUCUACUGCUGCCAGCUGGCCAAGAAGCUCUACAAACCGGUGGCUGCCUCUGACAUCGGCAUCAUCGCCCCCUACAAGAAACAAUGUGAGAAGAUCCGAGUGCUGCUGGGUAAGGUGGGCCUGUCUGACGUCAAAGUGGGCUCCGUGGAGGAGUUCCAAGGACAAGAGUUCCUCGUCAUCAUCAUGUCUACAGUGCGCUCUAAUGAAUCGGUGCAGAGUGACAAUUUACAGAGUGUGCUCGGCUUUCUGGCCAACCCCAAACGCUUCAACGUGGCCAUCACUCGCCCCAAAGCCCUGCUCCUGAUUGUUGGAAACCCCCACAUCCUCAUCCGGGAUCUCUGCUUCAGGGCUCUCCUGCACUACUGUUUCAUCAACGGGGCGUAUCUGGGCUGUGACCCCCCUCCCUCCCUACGAGACUCUGAGAUUGUUGCAGAACCGUGAGGGGCUGCAUAAGACGUUGUGAUCCUGAAUGCACUCUGUCAACCUGUCUUAACCCCCCCCCCCCCGAC